AUGUCCUCGCAUCCCCGACCUCUGAGACGCGUCUACGUCGCUAUUCCCAUUCCAACUACUCGUAUUGUCGUCCAAGAGGACGUUGAAAACACAAAGAACAGCAAAACCAAGCCAUCGACAGCAAAGACGCGCCCAGCACUGCCAUUGAGGCCAUCUACACAGCAAAAUCAAGCAGUAGACAAGAAACGAAAGCACGAAGACGAUAAAGACGCGAAAGAACCGAUCCAGAAACGUCGUCAGGUCGUCAAGCCAGCCAAAAAAUCAAGCGAACCACCCAAAGCAAACUCUGACCCUUCCAAACUGGCAGCACCCACGCCCCGCACUUCAGAGGCUCCAGCAAAGCCAGUCGUUCCAAAGAAAGCUCCCCAGCCUCUCUGGACGCGCGUCGGAGCUGGUUUUACGCGUCGGGAGAUCGAAGACCGCAUCUUGCUGCGCGAAUUUGUCAUUCGUUUCAAUGACUCUCUGGAUAUCAAGCGUGUCUACUUGGAGCGCCUCGAAGACUUUGACACCUUUGAUGACGCUACAGCCAAAGCUCUGCUCGUCGCCUUCCUCGAGGUUGUCAAGACAGACCUGACCAGCGACCAGCGUCGGCCGCUUAACGAUUUCCUCAAGGAACUUCGCGACCGAGGAAUGACAUUCUACGACAUUCUCUCCGGUCUGGACAAGAUGCGUCAAAAGACUGGGCUCAAUAUUCCCAGUUUGACCAAGCAGCUCAAGCAACCGCAGGAUGAGAUUGACUCAGAGGCGCUUAUUCCAGUGCUCCUCGCCCUUGUCGACGAUCUCCUUGAUACGCGUGCCCUUCGUGCCCAGGUUGACAAGUACAAGGACGAAGGCGUUGAAGUCCGAAAGGAAUACUUUGCCGCUGCCAAGGCCGAAAGGGAAAGAUGGUCCUCUCUGCGCUCGUCACUCAUGGAAGAGAAAAAGUUUGAAGCUGCCAAAGCCAAGCACGAUGCAAAGGACCAUGGCAUCAGACUCAACUUUCUCAAGAAGCAGGCAUCCAUUUCUCUUCGCUUCACGCCUCAGGUCGAUAUGGACGGACGAGUCUACUACUUCCACACACCUUCGCUUCGUAAGCCACCUGCAAAGUCGACUCGCGACGACUAUGGGAAAUGGUGCUGGUUCGUCCCCGUCUGGGGCCGUCGUCCCGACGAUGCUGAACGUGUAGACGAGCCCACUGGGUCAAAAAACACGGUCGAAAGCUGGUGGGGAUUUGGAGAAGCUGCCGAGUGCAAGUUGCUCGCCAAGUGGAUCCAAUUCCGCACAGAGCAAAGUAACAACAAGGCGGGCUCUGACCGUGCUGGUGAGAGCGACGAUUCGUCCGACUUGACGGACUUGGAAGACGAUGAAGAUGUUGGCAAGACGGAUUCAAAGCAGCUCGUCGCUGCGCUGCUCGAUUUUGCGACUGUCCUUGACUAUGCUGACGAUGUCGGCAAGUGA